GAGACGUUUUUAUUCGUUUCGUAACGUUAUGUGCUUUAUUGAUAUAACCGUAUUUUGCAGUGUUUUAUUUAUAAUCAAGAAGUUCAUCAUUUGGAAUGAAGUUUAAAGAUUAAGUGAGUGGCUAUUCAGUGUGCAUAAACUGUGUGCAAUUUAUAGUGUUUCUCGCUGAGCAGCGAACUCAAAACAUUUCAACCGGUAUAGGUGUUUCGCAAAAUGCGAGAUAGUAUGGCUUUAGCCUGGCAGCCCCAAGAAGAAGGUUUGAGAGAAAUAUUAAAACUUUUGAAAGAAUCGCAAUCUCCUGAUACAGCAACUCAGAGAGCAGUACAACAGAAAUUGGAAGAAUUGAACAAAUAUCCAGAUUUCAACAAUUAUUUAAUAUUUGUGCUGACAAAGUUAACAACAGAAGAUGAACCCACUAGAUCUUUAAGUGGAUUAAUAUUAAAAAAUAAUGUCAAAGCACAUUUUCAUCAGUUUCCUCCUGAAGUAACUGAGUUCAUAAAAUCAGAAUGCCUCAACAGUGUUGGAGAUCCAUCCCCUUUAAUACGAGCUACAAUAGGAAUAUUAAUUACUACCAUAGCAUCCAAAGGUGAGCUUACAAAUUGGGUCGACCUACUGCCAAGACUCUGCCAUUUGCUCGACUCUGAAGACUAUAAUGUCUGUGAGGGAUCUUUUGGUGCAUUACAAAAAAUAUGUGAAGAUUCAGCAGAAUAUUUGGAUUCAGAUGCCUUGAACAGACCUUUAAAUGUUCUUAUACCAAAGUUUUUGCAAUUCUUUCGGCAUAGUAGUCCCAAAAUACGUUCACAUGCCAUUGCUUGUGUCAAUCAGUUCAUUAUAAAUAGAACAACAGUUUUAAUGUUACAUAUAGAUUCAUUUUUAGAGAAUUUAUUUCAUUUGGCAUCAGAUGAAGAUCCAGAAGUGCGUAAAAAUGUAUGCCGAGCACUUGUGAUGCUUUUAGAAGUUCGUAUGGAUCGUUUGAUUCCCCAUAUGCAUCAUAUUAUAGAGUAUAUGUUGAUGAGAACACAAGAUCCUGAUGAAGGAGUAGCUUUAGAAGCUUGUGAAUUCUGGCUAUCUUUAGCUGAUGAACCCAUAUGUAAAGAAGCUUUGGCACCUCAUCUACCCAGGCUCAUUCCUACUUUAGUCAGAGGAAUGAAAUAUUCUGAGCUUGAUAUUAUUCUCUUAAAGGUGGAUGUGGAACAGGAUGACAUGAUUCCAGAUCGUGAAGAAGAUAUUCGACCUCGAUUUCACAAGUCUAAGACUCAUAGUCAGAAACAUAUGGAUGAUAAUACUGAAAAUGACACAGAAUCAGAUGAUGGUUUAGAUGAUGAUUCAUCAUUAUCUGACUGGAAUCUAAGAAAAUGCUCUGCUGCGGCUUUAGAUGUUCUUGCCAGUGUUUUUCAUGAGGAGUUAUUGCCUGUGUUGCUUCCUAUCUUACGGGAGACUUUGUUUCAUCAAGAUUGGGAGAUUAAAGAAUCAGGCAUAUUAGCUCUAGGUGCUAUUGCUGAAGGUUGUAUGACAGGAAUGAUACCACAUUUACCUGAGUUGAUUCCUUAUCUUAUAUCAUGUUUAUCUGAUAAAAAAGCUCUAGUUCGCUCAAUAACAUGCUGGACCCUAAGUCGAUAUUCUCAUUGGGUUGUUGGUCAACCACAUGGUUCCUAUCUAAAGCCGUUGAUGACAGAGUUGCUGAAAAGAGUUUUGGAUGCAAAUAAGCGAGUACAAGAGGCUGCUUGCAGUGCAUUUGCAACCCUUGAAGAAGAAGCAUGUACUGAACUUGUGCCAUAUCUAUCUUUUAUUUUAGAAACUCUUGUGUUUGCCUUUAGUAAAUAUCAGCAUAAAAAUUUAUUAAUACUUUAUGAUGCUAUUGGAACAUUAGCUGAUUCAGUUGGGCAUCAUCUAAACAAACCGGAAUACAUAAACCUGCUAAUGCCUCCGCUUAUAGAAAAAUGGAAUUACCUGAAAGACGAUGACAAGGAUCUUUUUCCUUUGUUGGAGUGUUUAUCCAGUGUGGCAACAGCUCUGCAGUCAGGUUUUCUCCCUUACUGUGAACCUGUCUUCCGCCGUUGUCUUAGUCUGGUAGAACAAACUCUCAAUCAAACCAUGGCAAAUGUUACUAAUCCAGAUCAGUUUGAUGCCCCUGAUAAAGAUUUUAUGAUAGUGGCUUUAGAUUUAUUGAGUGGAUUGGCAGAAGGUUUAAAUGGUCAUAUAGAAGGGCUAGUCAUGUCUAGUAAUAUUAUGCAGCUGUUAUACCAAUGCAUGCAGGAUUCAAUGCCUGAAGUUCGGCAAAGUUCAUUUGCUCUUCUUGGAGAUCUUACAAAGGCUUGUUUUCAACAUGUCAGUCCAUGCAUCCAGGACUUCCUUCCAAUUCUUAGUCAAAAUUUGAAUCCAGAUUUUAUAUCUGUUUGCAAUAAUGCGACUUGGGCGAUAGGAGAAAUUUCUGUGAAGUUGGGUAAGCAAGGUGCAGACAUGAAACCAUAUGUACUAAUGGUUUUAACGCAAUUGAUUAAUAUUAUUAAUCGCCCUAAUACACCUAAGACAUUGCUUGAAAACACAGCCAUAACUAUUGGGCGCCUUGGUUAUGUAUGUCCUGCGGAUGUCGCCCCUAUGUUACAGCAGUUUAUACGCCCCUGGUGUACAUCAUUGAGGAACAUCAGAGAUAAUGAAGAGAAAGAUUCUGCUUUUCGUGGUAUUUGCAGCAUGAUAAGUGCGAAUCCUGGAGGAGUAGUACAAGACUUCAUUUAUUUUUGUGAUGCUGUGGCAUCUUGGGUAAACCCUAAACCUGACUUGAAACUCAUGUUCCAUGAAAUUUUGCAUGGUUUUAAAAACCAAGUUGGAGAAGAGAAUUGGAAUCGGUUUUGUGAACAGUUUCCACCACCAUUGAAAGAGCGUCUAAGUGCUAGUUAUGGUGUGUGAAAGUAUAUUUCUUCUAAGGUCUUGGCUUUUGGUAUGAAUUCAAGAAGAAAGCUAAUUACAGAGACUGUCAUUGAUAUGAACUUCAUGAAAGUUGUUUAAAUGUUUGACUUAUAUGCCUGUUUGAAACAAAUAAGUAAUAAGUUAAUAUAAACUGUAAAAUGCUAGAUUUGUCUGGUUUUCCAAUCUAAACAUCUGUUAUUCUACGGACUAUUCAGCCUCUGUCCAUGAAUAAAUUUCUUCAAGAAAUAUUUAGAAAUUUAGAAGAAUAAUUUUAAAAAAAGAGGAAUAAGUGUCAAAUUAUUAAGUGUUUUUAAAUAGUUAGGUGCUUUAUGAACUAAUGCAUGAUUUCAUGCUUUUUCAUAUUUUAUACUUUCCUGGAUGUGCAUUUCAUUUGUCAUGAGCACUCAUUUAAUAGUGUAACUGUACUUUAAUAAUUAUUAUAUUUAAAUUAGUUUAUUUGAUGCUGAUAAGUGUAAAAAGAAAGAAGAAAAAUACUUAAUAACCUUGUUGAUUUAUGAUUUCUUUAUGGAAAUUCAUUUGUUUAAAAUGUGACUUUGCUGAUUAUUAUGACUAUUAUUGUAACAAAGAAAAAUUAAUCUUGUUGGUUGUAUUUACUUUUAAGGUCUGAGUUAAAUAUAUUGAUAUAUAUAUCAGUGUACAAGCUUUACGCUUUAGUCGUUUAUGUGGUUUAAAAUGGUGUUCUUUUCUUGACAAGCAUUCGUCUUAUUCGUAACAAAUAAUCUCUUGAUUGUUUGUGUGUCAAUUUCCUUUAUUAAAAAGCCCAACACUAGGUUUUUCUUUUCUUUUUUCUCCUUUCCCAUCAAGCAAAAACUUUGUGUGUGAAACUGUAUAUUUGUGGAAAAUGUGAAGUGCCUUAAUGUCACCCUUUAAAACUUCCCAUAAAAUCUUUAAAGUAAGUGGGAUGGUGGGGAGGGUCUUUGGGGAUGUGUAGGGGGUGUUAUAUCUCCAGAAACUAUUUUUAAAACUAGUAAUGUUUAAAACAAUCUAACAGCAUUCGCGCAUCACUAUCAUCGUGGAGUAUUCGUGGAGUACAAAAGUGAUAUUAGUCUUUCAUUCGUCAUAACCUAUCAUCAUAAAAAAAUAUAUAUAUAUAUAAAAAUAACUAAAAAAAUAUUUCGUCAGUAAAUCGCAAGGCAGCUUUAAAACGCGUUUAUUAACUUGUACUUAUAAUGUAAAAUAAUUAACAAUACACGGGUUGUGAAGAUGUAUAGUGUUCCUGCCUUUCAGCAUUAACUUUGUAUUAUAGUGUGUUUUCUAUUAAAGUCAGUCGCGUUUAAGAGGAUUUAAAUAUUGAGGGAAGACGAUGAGCAUACUGCUGAAAAUGUUCUGUGUUUCUUUUUAUUUAUUUAUUUAUUUAUUGUAAAUUCACAGAUAUUGUUAGGAUAUUUGAAAUGAAUUGUUAAUUUUUUUUAUCACUUCUAAUAUGUUAACUUCUAAUUUCUUGAGAUACAUUCUUUAAUUAUUUUGCACUUUAUUUUAUUAAAUGUAAGAAUGAUAUGUAUAUAAAUUGUUUAACUAGAGCUUUAAAGAUUUACCUUGAGUUUAUACUCAGCAGCUGUGUUGAUUUAUUCCAAUUGUUAAACUUUUGAAAAAUGUGUAGGGAAUAAAAUGUCUUUUUUUAAGUGUAAAGGAGUUAAUAAAUAAACUAAUUAAAAAUGUGAUAAUACUCCUUUAUUGUACUUUUAAUGUAUUUAGAUUUAUACUGAUGAUAGGUCGCGUGGGAGGGGCCAUAAGUGGGUGGGUAUUAUUGGUAUACUCCAAGGUGACCCUUCUGUGUAUGUGUGUUGCACGUAUGUGUGUUUUGCUUGCUCAUGGUACAUAUGUGAUUGCUUGUAUGAUAAAGAAUUAUGUUGUGUCCAUUUGUACAAUGUAUUCAUUGAAUCUGAUUGUUCUAUGACACAUUUUAUCAUUAAAUACAUUUUUGUCAGUUAUAGGAAAGGCUUUCCUGGUGAUCUGUUAAUUCUGAAAUAUAGCCAAAAAUAAUGAAUCACUGUUUUCAAAUAUUAUUUCUCUGGUAAAUUUACUAUCUUUCUAAGCAAGUUUCCUACUUCUGAUGCCAAAAGUAUUUUUUUUUAUAUUCAGUUCAGUUUUAUUCAAGUAUAUGUAUGCAUAACUUGAAAUUGUGAUGUUUUUUAACAUCUUUAUCCAUAAAUUUUUCCAACCAUAUGCAGUGGUAUUAAUAUAAUGAGGUUGUAUAUCUCUCCUUUAAUAUGUGCAAAAAUUCUUAAAUAGUAGAAGAUUUUAAUAUUUAAAGUUUAAAAAAAAUUGAAUUAUUCACCCAUUUUAAUGAUAAUUAAAUUUUCAGUGAAAAAAGUUUUAAAAUAUGAAAAAUCUUUUUUUGUAAAAUGGUAAGGUAAUUUUUGCAAAGUUUAUUGAAAUAAUUAAAUGAUUAUUAGUAUUAGUAAGUGAUUGAACUUUUAUUUUAAUAAUUGUUAAAGAGGAGGAAUCUUGUUUCAUAAUUGUGUUUUCAAUAAGGGUAAUUAUUAUUACUUAUGAAAAUUGGUCUAGCAUUAUACUUUUUAAAUAAAAGCGAGCUUUAAAGAAUGACGGCAAUCAAGUUAAAUUUAAUAUUAAUCACAUUACAUCAGUGUGGUAAUAAAUCAUAAAUGACAAAUAUUUUGUUGCUAUAAUAAAUCUGUCCAAACUGUAAUUAGGUCCUUUUAUCUCCUGAAACUAUUCGUAUUAAUAUCAAAUGCUUCUUAUUCCAAAGGAAAUUUUUUUAAAAAUAAAAUCAAAUUUGUAUCAACCAUAGUCUUCUGAUGUUUUAAAUUCUUUUUCAGAAAAAAUAAAAUAAUAUUAAUCUGCAAUUUUGAAGCUUUCAACUAAUAAAAAAAUAGCUGAAUGGUUAGUUUUCUAGUGUUUACUUUUAUGAGUUAAAUUUUUGAUAUACCUGCCAUCGUUAAAUUAGGAAUCAUUAAUUAUAAAACUUUGUGUUCAGCUCAUAUAAUUAGCAAAAUGUGUAUUCAGUUUCUCUUUCAGUCUUAAAUAUUCAGAUUUUUAUCAGACUCAACACUGCAACUUGUACUUAUCUGACAGGGUUAAAUUUUUUUUUUUUUACACAAAAAUUUUAAACAUGAGCAUUUUUUUAAUUUUUUUUUUUACUUAUUCUGUUGCCUGUCUUUUUGUGUAAGAGGUGCAAUUUUUUUAAAAAAAUAAGUCAUUAAACUUUCAAUAAUUUAAAGCGAACAUAUAAUGACUUAUGAAAUGUGAACUUUUUUACAUACAGAACUCAUUUAUUUAUUUUUUAAAAAUCAUUUUAAGACUGUGAUUUUUCUUAACUUGUUAUUUAAUGACAUCCUGUUUUAUUAUUUUUUUUUAAUUUAAAAGCUUAUAAUCGUUAUUUUUGUUGUAAUGUAAUAAUUUUCAUGUAGUAAAUAAUUAAUUGUAUCAUUACCUUUUUUUUUUUUUAUGUGGUGCCAAAGUUUUUUUUUUUUUUUUUUUUUUUUUUUUUUUUUUUUGCUACUUGACUGUGGCACUUCAAAUAAAUAGCCUUAUAGUAAUGCAAACCCCUCAGAACCGAUGUUAACUAGCUGAUGAAAUUUAGUGCAUUAUUUUAGUUCCUAGUCAAAUUUUGCUGUAUAAGUAUUACUUCCACAUUUUGUUAGCAAAUAUUACUUUUUAACACUGCUUUGCAAGAGAAAAAGUUAUUGAAAAUAUUUGCUCCUGCAAUUUAAUUUAUGGUAGGGUUCCCUUUCCAUUUUAUAAAUUCCAUGUAUGUGAUAUAAAGGAAUUCCUUAGAAUCUAAAAAUAAAACUUUUAAUUCACAUAUAUUUUUCUCAGUUCUUUAUAAAUUUGAGCAGAAAAUAUUUUUUUUCUGAUAGAUUCUUUUUUCUUGAGGAACAUUGCAUUGUAAAUUAUUGCUCAAUAUACAUGGAUAUUUAUAUUUGGGAACCCUGCAAUAAUUUUGUAUAAAAUUUUAGUGUUUUUAUUUUCUAACACACCUUUUCCAUAAAAUGAAUUUUGUGGUACCUCAUUCCAUAUCUUUGAAGAAUGCAAUUGAUGUUGCCUUCUUUGUCGCUUCAAAUUGUGUCUGUGCCAUUUGUGAGAAACUGUUUUCCUGCUUUUGUGUGUUUUUUAGCUUUGGAUUUCUAGUGCAAAUUUUAAAUGUAAGUGUUGGGGCCAUAAAAUAUUGUAACUGACAGUAAAAUUUACUGGAAGUUAAAAGAAAUCAUUUGUUUUCUCCCCUUUUCAUAAAUCUUUUGUUUGUACAUGUUUUGAUAAAUGCCUGUUUCUUUUAUGCAAAAUAAAAUCAGAGCAAUGAGGCUUGAUA